AUGGCUUUCAUAGGCCUGAGUAAAGGAUUUGAUACCGUUAACAGGAAAAUGUUAUGGUGGAUACUAGAAAAAAUUGGGGUUCCAGCGAAAUUCUUAACCAUCCUUCGUCAAUUUCAUGAUGGCAUGCAGUCACAAAGUUGCAGUACGCAGGCGACCUUGUACUUCUUUCAAAUUCACCUACAGACCAGUCUCAGCCUCUUCAACGCCUACUGCAGACCUACAGACCAGUCUCAGCCUCCUCAACGCCUACUGCAGACCUACAGACCAGUCUCAGCCUCCUCAACGCCUACUCUAGACCUACAAACCAGUCUCAGCCUCCUCAACACCGCAUACGAAGCAAUGGGCCUUAAGGUAAACAUCGGCAAAACAGAGAUCAUACAAGGACAAAAUGAGACCUAUCAACCGGUCUACAUCCACAAGAACAUAGAAAUCAAUGUUAGGAUAAGCAAGACCUCUGUGGCAUUCGGACGGCCUGGCCAGCCAGUUUUCAACAACCAUAACCUUAAAGCCACAACCAAGGCUGAAGUGUAA